GCAAAGGUGGAAGCAAUAGUUAUUUCCUACAACAUUAAAUGUUGUGCAUUUUUGUGCAUAUCCAAAAAAAAUCAAGAAUAUCCACACAAAAAGAACAGAAAGAAGCUACCAUGAGUUAUUAUUUUUCCCUUUGGCCAAAUAUACACAAUAAUACACCAACGAUCUCCCUUUUGCUUUAAGGAUGAGUCUUCUCUCUAAGCUUGGAUUAGAGCAAUUGUUGACAAGACAAAUCAAUGAAGCAAAUAAUUUCAUAAGCAGCACACUUUGUAAUUACACGACUAAUAAGUGUAAACAUCUACUAAUAUAAGUGAAGAAAUAUUUCUAUAAUAUACUUUCGUGUCUCGNUUAGAAGAAAAAUACAAAUUAUGAAUUACAUAUUCAUUACUAAAUUACAUAAGUAAAGAAGUAGGACACAUGUUUGGAAGGAGCUAAGGAGACGAUUAAUUCGGGAAUGAGGGAUUAAAUGCUAAGGGUUAAAUAUGUUUUUGAUCCCCGUGAAUAUAACAAAUUUUACUUCUGAUACCUCUAAAAUAUAGACACGGAGCAAAUUAAUUUCUCAUACAUCUUUUAUGUGCCUGAAUCAGGCGGCUUCAAACCCCUUAUGUUCAUUCAAUUCCUUUUCAUAUUUUUUUCCCUAUUGAAUCAUAUCACACUGUCAAUAUUGUCAUUACCUCGGCAAACAAGGGAAUGGAAAGAUUACACAAAUUAUGAGCACAUAUGAGAAAAAAUCUUGAAAGUAGGAACAGACUUGGAGAAUAUUAUAUUAUGAAAAAGAAGAUAUAUAUAUAUGUUCAUAACUAAAAACAGUACAUUUGAUUUUAAAUUACAAAUUUUAAAUAAAACUGAAUAAACUAAGGACUUGUAUUACAAAUUAUAUCUAACAAAUGAAACCAUUGACUCUUUUUCUGUUUGCAAAGAUGAGAUAUGAAAAAAAGAUCACACAUAGUGAAGUCUCAAGUAAUCGCCUCAACUUGGAAACUUCUCCACUGGGAUUGGUUUAAGUUUUAAAAGCUAUUAAUUUCUGAAUUCCUAUGUGCAUUUGGGAACCUAAUACACAUAGAGAGCUGCAUUACAAUUUUAUCAUAAUAGUGUAAACAAUUAAUCAUAUUCUUCUAAACUUGUGCAUAUACCAUUACAGAUUUAUCCUUAAAUUUCUAAAUGAUACACCAACAGUAGAUAAACCAUACUAAAUGGUCAUCCUAGCAUCAUUUAUUUCAUUAUACUAAUAUGGCUAUCCAUGUUUCAUGAUAAAAAACAGUGUGGCUAAUUAAUGGAUUCCUUAUAGAAUAAGCAUUGAACAACAUGAAGUAGAUAAAGGUGGCCAACAUAUAAUUUUGUUAGCAAUAAAAAACAAAUCUUGAUGCAUAUUUUUUCAACUGCAAUAAUCAAAAGAUAGGAAUUUUUUAAAUAAAUCAGAUUUUUACUUCAACUUCCUAAAAUUUCAAUUACUCAUGUAAAUGAUAAAUAUGGGGCUAUUUUUUUGGGUGUUAUGAAUCAAAUAAAGGAGUAUUGUUAUAACUCAUAGGCUAAACUAAUUAGUAAUUAGUAAUUACCCUUAAACUUUUUUCAGUCUCAAACAAUCAAAUUGAUAAUUAAGGGAAACUAUUUUUUCAUCAAAAUAGAGAAUUUUUUAAAGAACCUUCAUGCACCACUCAGAACCCAAUAUAGUAUAUUCUUAAUUUAUUCCAGAAAUUGAACCCGAAAUUCCUCAAAUUUGAAUGUUCUCAUUUCAGAUUUAAGAUUUGUAGGCUAAAAAGUUUUAAAAAGUAGCAUACAAUUCAAUUUCAAACAACCAAAUCAGAAAAGUUCUCAAAGAACUUGAAGGUAGUCAGGGGAACGUAGGAAACGAAGAACAAAAUCAGAGAAGCAGGGUACCUGGCGGAAGUAUAUAUACAAAGCAGCGAUACAAGGGCAACUAUCUCAUUAAAAGAUUGGGGAAAUCCGAAUCAGAUUUUUUGUCAAAGAGAGAAAAGAUAGGAAAACGAAGAAGAAGAAAGAAGAAGAAAAGGGGUGUAUCGGCUUCGUCCUAAAAAGAGAGGAAGGAAUCCAAAUUCUCCAAUUUUCCGAAACCCUACCCCUCUUACGCUGCUUCUUCCGACAGCCGUCGGCCACUCCGCGUCGUCCUGUCGCCGCACCGCACCUCCACCCUGUCUGCACCAAAGAAGCUUCAUACGAGCUGUUUAACAAGUUUCCCGGGGUAAAAGGGUGAAGUGUGAUAUCUUGGGGUCAGUCGGAAGUCGAGGUUGAGUUUCUUUUCAUUCUCGACAAAAUGGCAAAAGAAAUGAAGGAACUUCAAUUGCAUAACACCAAGACGAAGCAAAAGGAGGUGUUCAAGCCUAUAGUCGAGGGAAAGGUUGGAAUGUACAUCUGCGGUGUCACAGCCUAUGACCUCAGCCACAUUGGCCAUGCCCGUGCCUACACUGCUUUUGAUGUACUCUACAGAUAUUUGAAGCAUAUUGGCUACGAAGUUACCUAUGUCCGCAAUUUCACUGAUGUCGAUGACAAGAUUAUUAGGCGAGCAAAUGAGCUUGGGGAGGAUCCUGUAGCGUUGAGUGCUCGGUUUUGUGAAGAGUUCCUAGCUGAUAUGGCUGAUCUACAGUGCCUUGUUCCCACCCAUCAGCCACGCGUGAGUGAACAUAUGGACCAGAUUAAGGACCAGAUAGCUCAGAUUAUAAGCAACGGAUGUGCAUAUGUUGUUGAGGGUGAUGUUUACUUCUCUGUUGAUAAUUUCCCAUUAUAUGGCUGUCUCUCUGGGCGUAAGCCAGAAGAUAAUUUAGCUGGCAAACGUGUUGCUGUUGAUGACAGAAAGCGAAAUCCUGCUGAUUUUGCACUGUGGAAGGCUGCAAAGCCUGGGGAACCUAAAUGGGACAGUCCUUGGGGUCCUGGAAGGCCAGGAUGGCACAUAGAGUGCAGUGCAAUGAGUGCACAUUAUUUGACGCACUCCUUUGAUAUUCAUGGUGGUGGGUCAGAUUUGCUAUUUCCCCAUCACGAAAACGAGGUUGCUCAGAGUUGUGCAGCUUGCCCUCAGAGCAAUGUCAAGUACUGGGUACAUAAUGGUUUUGUAACUGUAGCUGAUACAAAAAUGUCAAAAUCCCUUCGAAAUCACUUAACAAUUCGAGAGGUUACGGAGAAGUAUCAUCCACUCGCCUUAAGACAUUUUCUUAUGGGAACCCAUUAUAGAUCUCCUAUUAAUUUCACAUUCUCUGAGUCAGAUAUUUCAUCAGAAGCUGUGUUCUACAUAUAUCAGACCUUACAAGAUUGUGAAAAUGCACGAUCAGCAUUGGAAGAAGAGGCUGAAAAAGACGGAAAAAUCAGCUCUGCUGCUCAAGAGAGCAUCACUAAACUACGCGAAGAAUUUGAGGCAAAAUUGUCUGAUGAUUUGCACACGCCAACAAUACUUAAUUCCUCUCUUCAGGAAGCCCUAAAAUUUAUGAAUAGUUAUAUAACCACGCUCAAGAAGAAACAGCCAAGAAAACAACAACUAUCCAUUGUGAGGUCUCUAUCUGAGUUGGAGAAACAAGUGAAGCAAGUUUUAGAUGUUCUAGGUUUGCUGUCAAAAUCAAGUUAUACUGAGGUCUUGCGGCAACUGAAAGAGAAGGCUUUACGACGUGCUAAGUUGUCUGAGGAUGAUAUUGUGCAUUUCAUUGAAGAAAGGAUGGUAGCAAGGAAUAACAAAGAGUUCUCUAAGAGUGAUCAGAUUAGAAGUGAUUUGGCUGCCAAAGGAAUUGCAUUAAUGGAUGUUGGGAAGGAAACUAUUUGGAGGCCUUGUGUGCCAGCCCAAAAAGAUAAGCCCGCCGAGAAGCCAGUCCAGCCCGCCCCAGCUGCUGCGACAACGGAGAAGGAGCUAUAAGACAGCUCAGCUCUCGGAGUUACAAACUAAUUAGCCGGUAUGUUUGUGAUAUUAUCCCUCGGUCCAUCGUGCGCGAAUGUGUAUUUUGCAACAAGAAAACAUUAUUUCAAGAGUUAGAAGUGUCCAUUGAAAUGACUAAAGAUUUUGGCCCAUGAACUCAAAAUUGCCAAGUCAAAUCAAAUAUAUAAUAUACACAAUAUAUACUCCGUAAUAUUUAUGCUAGACAUUCCAUUCAAUAUUUUUCACUAUCCAUUUUUUCAUCCCUUUGUAUUACAGCAAAUAAUUUGUUUGUCUCAAU